AUGAAGCGUCUCGAAUGUCCCCUGUGCGACUUCACCAUUCUUUCAAAAGAUGGCUAUUUCCUUCAGUUGCAUUUCGAGCAAGCCCAUACCACUGACUCCCCCUUCAUUAUUGAAGAUGAUCCGGAGCCGUUGCGACCUUCAUUACCACCCAUGCCUGCAUCGACGGGCAGCAACGACGAGCAGACGCCUUCCUAUUCCGACUCGAGCGAUUCUGAUUCUGACUCGGACUCGGACUCUAAUGUGUCUGACCAAGAAGAAGGAGCCAUCAAAAGUCCCACCACUGAUUCUUACGAGCUUGUUUCUCCUUCUGACCCCGACGAUCAUAUCGACUAUCGCCGCGUAGAGACUUUAUCAUUGGACAAGACUACCCCAAAAUAUCAUUCUAAACGUUCAUCCGCUACUAUGCACAGCUCAUCUUCGACCCAUCGCUCACAUAGGCGCCGUGCUACGAGCACACCUGUCGAGCAUAAUGCGAAAAACGACACGCGCGCUGCCUCGAAGAGGACCGACGGUCACAGCCGCAGAUCAACCAAGCAUGGUCCUCGACGCAGGCGGAAUACAAAUGACAGUGAUAAAACUACCAUUAGCAGAAGUAUCCUGGGCUUUAGCCCUUUCACAAAGUCCCAUAAGAAUGCCAAGCCACCAUCUAAGAACGCCCGUCUUGACAAAUCUGACCUAGGCGAAUAUGCUUUUGAAGAGCGCAUGCCAGAAUGGCUCCACAGGCAGCUUAGUGCCGGCCCCGAGAUCACCAUGGUCAACCGCAUUGGACGGGACGGUCGCCUCAUCAAACAUGAGCAGGUGCAGAAUGAGACGCCAGGCAUUAUACCUAUUCUUGCACAACUAUCCGCUUUAGACCGCACGGUACAGCAGGCAUAUUAUUGUCACCCUUCUACCAUUCACAUUGGAAAAACACCUCACGAAGGUGGUUUCUGUGGCUACCGCAACAUUCAUAUGCUUCUCUCCUACAUUCAGGGCGCAAAGGCACAGGGUCACGAAGAAUUUCCUGGUCGAUUACCAACUAUCUUGAAGUUGCAAGACCUCAUAGAGGAAGCCUGGGAUAACGGGAUCAACUCGAUCGGUCGUGUCCAGACUGGUGGCAUUCGCAACACAAGAAAGUAUAUUGGUACUCCAGAGGCGCAAGCAUUUUUCCUCAACGCAGAGAUCAAUUGCGCCGUAGAAGUAUUCUUCACCACAGAAGAUCGCAAGACCGUGGCUCACAGAACACUUCUUGCCGCUGUAGAGCGAUAUUUUGCCCAGGCAGCUACUGACGAUGGCUCCACUGUAUGCAAGACCCUACUACCGCCUAUCUACCUCCAGCAACCUGGCCACUCCCUUACAAUUGUGGGAUUCGAGCGCCACUAUGACGGCACUUGCCACCUAGUCGUCUUUGAUCCCAUGUACCAUACCACUCCUGCCAUGCAUAAGUUGCUUGGACGAAAGAACAUCAAAACCGCUCGGCCCGAAGUUCUCCAUACAUACCGACGCGGCUCCCGCAAACUUAAGAGGUUCAAGGCUUUCGAAAUCUUGAUGCUCACAGCGACACCACCUUUGUUCCCCGCUUGGGAUGUUCUUCGCCAAUUUCCUGACUGUCGCUUUGUAUACGUCUUUUUUCGUGCUCGCAGCCUUGGAUACGAUGUCUACCCUGAGGAUCAUUUUCUCCCGACCUUUCCGUGGCAACAGUACGGUGGACUUUGGUCUUGCGACGAUGCUCGCUUCGCCAGAGCAGAGCCUAUGAAUGCUCUCACUUCUCAAGCUCUACGACGUAUCACAGGCAUAGGAAGUUCCGUUGAUUCUAGCAAUGGCAGCAGUCCUAGAAGCGCCACUAGCUUCUUUACCUGCAGUUCUUCUCCACAUAUGCUGGCCACUGAGUACGAUGGCCUUCCAUCAUGGGGUCUGGCACUCGACGGCACUGCGAACAAUUUUACCAGCUCAUCGCAGCCUACCGGAAGUGGUGCAGUGUUCAACAUAGGAUCUGUCAGCACAGUUUUACCCCAGCCAACGGUUGUGAAACCAUACCUCUCACUCUUGACCGAGGUCGGUAGAAGAUACCCAGGCUUUCCCACCCCCCUUUCCCCUACCACAAGCGCAAAGGAUCUAUUCCCCUCUCCAACUUCCAACCCCAGCAUCACAUCCGGAACCCCCCGUAUCCCCAGCUCCGCCAUAACCCCCGCCACCCCCAUGAGCAUCGACGGCUCCUCAAUGUGCGGUCCCUCCCACCGUUGCGAAUCCCACAGCUACGCCCACUACACCCCCCACCUCGACUCCAUCGACCGCAUCCUCAAAAACCAAGUCCGUAACCCCCCUCGCACUCCAUCCGCUUCCCACCGCAACACUGCGAGUCCCUCACUAAGCCCCUCACACUACCCAUCCCCCCGCACAGUCAUGCUCAACAACAACAUCACCACUGACGCCCCACCCCUCCACCUCCCCCGAUCCAUUCCCAUAGCCAACGGCACAGAAUUCGAAUCCCCAUCUCCCCUCUCCCCCUCAGGGACCCGCUUAUCAUACACUUCCAACCGCAACGUCUCAUCCGGUCUCCUUGCCGUACCACCCUUAUCCGAGCACCAAGUCGCCGAGUACCGCUUUUGGCGUCCCUGCGGCAGGCGCAACUGCGGGUUUGGAUGUGGAGGGGGAGAUGUCGGGGAGGUGGCGGCUGCGAAGCGGUUGUUCAGGGAUGUGGAGGAUGUUACUGUUGAGGAGGAAGGGGGGAAGAGGGUGAGGAGUGGAGGUGGUGCGGGUGGAUUUGAGCGCGAUGGCCAGGGGGAGGGAAGGGAACAGGGGGGCAGGUCGAGUGUUUGGGCUGGACGACGGUUGGUUACUGAUUGGAGCAGUUUUUUGAGGGGGUGUGAGAGGGAGGGUGUUGCGCCGUUUUGA